UUUUUUUUUUUGUUUUUUUUUUAUCAGUCAGCAUGGAUAUUUCGGAUUUACAACAAGAUAGUGGAAGAUAUCUUCAAGAAUAUAUACAGAGUUUAGAAAAUCUUCCGAGUGAAAUCAAUUAUCACUGGGCUGAAAUACAAAACAGAGAAGAGCAAGGGAAAAACCUAGAACGAAGAGUCCAUACACAACAACAUGACUUGACAAAACUACAUCGACAAUGGUUUCAUCAAGAAUUGGAAAAAAGAGAAAAAAUACUCAAACAUGAACCUAAUAUCAUCAAACGAGUCCAACGAGAUUAUGAUAAAUUGGAGGAUUUGGCUUCAGAAAGGAUACAAUUAGCGGAAAAUGCUCUUCGUUUGGUGGAUCGUCAUUUAGAACGAUUAGGUCAUGAUCUUGAUUUGCUAGACAAGUUAAAUCCUGAAUUCCAAGCACCACAAACUCCUAGCAUCAUGGAUAUCAGACGAAAUGGUGUUGAGGAAUUGGAAGAGGAGGAAGAAGAAGAAGAAGAGGAUGAUGAAGAAGCUUACUUCGCAGCAAUGAUGGCUAAUCGACAAAAGAAAAGAAAAAAGAAGGAAGCAAGAGAUGGUGAAGAACAUGCAGAAGAACCAUUAUAUUGUUAUUGUCGACAAGUAUCUUAUGGUGAAAUGGUAGGCUGUGAUGGCGAGCAUUGUCCUUAUGAAUGGUUCCACAUGGAAUGUACUGGUUUAGAUGCUCCUCCCAAAGGUGCUUGGUAUUGUGAUGAAUGUCAAUCUGAAGCUGGUAAUGCUAGGAAACUCAAGAAAAUGAAGCGCAAGAAGGAAUCUAUGGGCAUUGUAUGAAAUGUUUUUUUUUUUAUCUUAUGAUAGUUUUAUGAUUUGAUAUUCCCCUUCCCCCUUUUUGUAUAGCAGUUAGUUGAUUAGUCAAUUAACUAUGUAGUUAGUUACUUAUUUGUUUGCUUUUUUAUGUAUAUAUGAUAUUUUGAUCCCAUUGUAUUUUUAAUAAAAAGAAAUAUUAGAAACAAG